AUGAGCAGUGGAUAUUUCCCGCACAAUGGCUCCGACCUGUUUUACACAGUCCAAGGGCCUGACUCUGGGAUCCCGAUAAUCUUGUUACAUGGUUGGACUUGUGACCAAACCGACUGGGUGUUCCAAAUUCCGCUCCUCCUCACCCAGCGGUUCCGCGUCCUCGCCCUCGACCUCCGUGGUCACGGCCGCAGCACCGUCCAAGACAACGUGUCUGAAUUCGACCCGAUAACGCUGAGCGACGAUGUCACCGCCCUGGCCCGUCACCUCAACGUCAGCGCCGACAACCCGGCCAUAUUCUUCGGGCACAGCCUUGGGUGCAUCAUCGCAUCAGAGCUGGCCGCGCGGCAUCCUGAACUCGUGCGGGGUCUGGUGCUCGUGGACCCGUCAUACUUCAUGACGCCCACGCUCAUGACCAGCCUCGCCGAGCAGCUCAGGCGAGACCCUGCCGACGCGCCACAGCUCUCUACGGCGUGGCUCGAGAACGCGGGUGUCUAUUUGAGUGCGCCGGAUUGGCUGCCAAUAUGGAACAAAGUCCGGGCCUGGGGCAUCGAGCCGCGCGUAGUCGGCGAGACAUGCCUCGGGCUGAUAGAGCGCUUGGGGGCUUCUGGUUCCACAUAUCUGAAGAGCGUCAAGGCUACCAAGGAUCCGAUCCCGCGCUUAGUUGUGGCUGCUUCUCCGGGCGGUAUCGAUGUAGAAAAGGAGGCGGGGGUCGAUGAGACUUAUGAUCGUGUUGAGUUGCUGCAGGCUGGUCAUUGGCUGCACAAGGUCAAUCCGGAAGGAUUUAACGCUCUUUUGGAAAGCUGGCUGAGGCAAUGGGGAUAUUUGCCUACGUACUCGGCUUAA